GAAGUAUCUAUUACUUUCAAGAUCAAUUUUGUGAAUCAAUCAUGCUGCCAGAGCCACUUCGAGUUAACGUAAAGUACUUUGACGUAAUCCUCCUGGGUUUAGUUUCGCAGGUUUUCUCGAUUAAAAAUAUCGUCCGUCGAUAAUUUAAUAUUUUCUACAGCAAUAUGUUACAAUAUACGAAUAGCAUAUAUUCAGUGCGUUGUAUCAAAUAUUAUCUUCGUCAUUUCCGAUAGAUUUAUUUUAUUUAUUAAAUUAUUGAUUUAGGCGAAUAUUUAUUAGUCGAUAAGUACGAUCUCUACGCGCGAUGACGUCGAUAAAGUUUCUCUCUCGCUCUCUCCGCGUCUUACUUUUUCUCUCUCUCACACUUUUCAUAUAAAUUUUCCUACAUUACCGACGCUCAAAAAAUGUGUUUACUUCGUACGCAUAUUGUUAUCGACAUAGGAUAACACGAUCUUCGAAACAAUAAUAUUAUCAUCGGAGUUGGAUAGUUUAACGGCGUAGCUCGUAAGAAUGGCGUCGCUGAUCGAAAAUAAUCGUGAGCGCAGGAUCCGGGAUUAUACACGAUCGUCCUAUGGGUCGUCAUUCGGCAGGAGUUUAGUCGGUGCCGGUCCCGAAACGCGUUCACGUCUGGACAUCCUGCGGGACGAGAAAUAUUAAGGAUGGCAAGGGAUAUGUACAUUUGAUAGGGCGGUCCAUUAGUGGGGGAAAAGGAGGAAAACAAAAUUUUUCAAGUUAAGACGGGGCCUUUUUAGUGAACGCGUAGAGAAAGAGAAGAAGAAGUUAGAUUAUUACGGGAUAAUGAAUCUCUCUGGGGAAGAGAGAGAGAGAAGAGGAAGGGUGCGCGAAACGUACGUUUAGAUUAGGCUAAUAACACGUCGAUUUGUCGUGGCGUCGCGUCGCAAAUCGUAAUCAACGUCGUCCUCGUCGUCGUCGUCGUCGUCGUCGUCGUCGUCGUCGUCGUCGUCGUUGUCGUUGUCAUUGUCAUUGUCGUUGUCAUCGUAAUAUAUUAUAUUAUAUUAUUUUGUCGAUCAUAAUAUCGUGUCCCUUUCGAGAUGACGCGACCAUAUCAAACGUCCAAAUAAUCUUCUAUAUCUACAGCCAUUUUCUCUCUCUCUUUCUCUUUUUCUCUCGCUUUCGUCGGGUUACGGAUCGUUCCUGUCGAAAAGGGAGGAACGUUAGGCAUUCUCGAUGACACCUACGCGACGAAUGCUAGUACGGGAUAAAGGAGAGAGCAAAGAAACGUGGGUCGUUUCGUCUUAAAGAAGGUCAGAAGGAGAAGAAAAUAUGGGAAAAGGCGAUAAAAGGGGAAUAGCACAGCGUAGCGACGCGGGGACUAAUCUCGUGGGGAAGUUUACUCAAAGCGUACGUAGGAUCGUUCAAGAUGUCAAGGACGAAGGAACGUCUAGUGGUCAAACGAAGGAAGAGGUUAUAGAGACGAACGAACGACUGAGGGUGGUAAGGAUACGUCUCGAAGGAAGUUAUGACACCGCUAAACGUGCUCUAGUAGAGCUGAUGUGCAAGUAUACGGACAGUAAACAAGUCCGUAACGUGUUUCAACGUUACAACCUCCUGAAAGUUAUGAUCAAGGAUGUGAUCAAACUAGAGACGCAGUACUGGACCCUGGUAGAUAUACCAAGGCAAGAGAAACAAGAAACCGUUCCUGCUUUCGUCCUGCGUGCCUGUUCCAUCAUGGAAAAGACACACAAGAGCGGUGAGGGCGUUAAAACCUCAGCACGAUUGGCGGAGGAAGCUGAGACGAAGAGGGAACGAAUCGAGAGACUCGAGGGCAUGACCACGGCAAUGAUCGAAUCGGAGAAUACCCAGAUGACCAAUGAUCUGUACAGGCUGCUGAAAAAGUAUACGGGACUUAGGAAUCUUAUUCGUGUUUUAAAGGAGGAGUACAACAAUUCCAAGAUAUAUCCAAUGUUUCCACGUUACACGAUCCUGAAGGAUAUGAUAAAGGAUAUAAUGCAUAAUCCAGAUUACAUGGAGGUUUGUCACGAGUUGGAUCAAGCAUAGCGGCCGGACCCCCUCCACCGUUCGCCACGGAUGACCUUGUAAAUUAAAGGUCAUUUCGAGACGCAUCGGUGAAGGGGGUGCACAGACCAUGGUAUCACCUUAUUCCUAAUUCAAUCGAGAUAAUUUAUUAUGAUCCUUGGCUUUUUUUUUUCAAAAUGCUCUUUAGAGAUCGAUCGCAUUUCUUUUUAUUUAUUAAUUAUUUAUUUAUUUAGUUAUUCAUUUAUUUAUCUAUUUUCUUUCCUUUCUUUUUCCAUAGCGAUAGUUCAUCCUCCUCUCUAAUUGAAAUUAAAGAUGAUUAGAAAUAGUACCACUUUGCAAUUUUAUUUUUCUUAAACGCAUCAGGACGAUCGAAUAAUCAUGAUGCGAACUUUUUCAAUCGUUUUUUCUAAUUCAAUGAAAAUAUUUAGAGAUAUCGAGUUUAGCAUAGUUUAGUAUAAAAAA